CGUUCAAACGCAUCCUAUACAAUUAUUUCCCAGGAUUAAAAGCUGGGUGGAAUGGAUAUCACGGUGCUGCUACUUUUGUCUGCAGUGAAUCUCGUAGUCGGCUCGAAAUUAAUCCUACAAAAAUGUUGUCCGGAAAGAUACGCUUUCAAUUUAACUUCGGGCAAGUGUGAAGUCGUCAAAAGCGACCAGUUUGUCAAUUGGAUUCCUGACCAUUUUGAAAAUGCAGACCAGAAGGUUGUCAGCAAAUUCCAAAAACUGGUUCCAUCUCUUUUAGAAUUUGAUUUCAAAUACGGACCUUGCCCUGAAAUUCUGCAAGACGUAGCGGCUCCAGUCAAAAUCGACGCCAACACAAAUCUAAUAAUUUUCAAAGGAACAAACAGCAUUUCCGCGUUCAACAAAACGUACGAUCAAUGGUGUCUGGACGCACGUCUCGACGCGUCAGAACGUCAGUGGGUCCUUUUGUCCUGCCCCUGCCUGCACGAAAACUGCAUCACCCAAUGUUGCCCCAACGGACACCGUCUUGACGUCAAAAAGGCCUCAAGGAUGUCGUUUGAUAAGAUGUGCGAAGUCAAGGGCAGCUGGUGGCCGCAGAAAAAUUUCAACUUGAAGGAAAACUCGCUGAAACCGUGGAGCUUCCGCAGCCUGUCUGUCAACCAGUACCUGGACAAUUGCUUCCUGUCCGUGAAAAAAGACUACGAGAAGAAGAGAAGACCGAAAUUCGUGAUUAAUUUUGAAAUUGACCAAGUCGGAACCUUAAAAUCCAAAAGAUUCACGGCCAAUCGGUGGAGUUACUGCCUUGCCGAGGCCAAGAUUCAGGGCGAGGUGAGGACCGUGGCCAUGUAUUGUGACCGGGCCGAUGUCAACGGCAUUUCUUUCAACAAGGCCAUCGCCAUCAGUAUUUUGGCGUCGAUCGGAGCGUUUUUCACCUUCCUCACCCUGGCCGUCUACGUGAUCAGCAGAGACCUUCGCAAGGACAUCAACGGUCUCAUUAUCAUCGCCCACUGCGUCUGUUUGUUCAGUGCCUACCUCACCAUGGCCUUGCGACCUCUGGCCUGGUCUCAGGAAGCAGAAAUUUGCACAUUAUUAGGUACAUUUUCGCACUUUUUCUUCAUGUCCUCGUUUCUAUGGCUAAACGUCCGCGCAAUAGUAAUUUACGCCACGUUCAGAUCCUUGGAUUCCAUGUUGUCGGUCAAAAGUGGCAGUUUUCUGCUCUACGCCAUUUACGCCUUAGGGGUGCCUGCCCUGAUCACGGCGUUCAUGGCGUGGGCCCAAUUCACCGAGGAGUACAAUCUGCCCUCGUGGGUUGUGUGGCCAGGAUUCAACGAGGCCUCUUGCUGGUUCAAAUCCUCCCUCGGCCGCGGACUUUAUUUCUCCCUUCCGUUGGGCAUCGCUUUGCUGAUUAACCUUUUCCUUCUCAUCAAAACGGUGGUGCAAAUUCAAACAUAUCAAAGGGAAAACAGAACAAUUUUGAAUAACGCCAGCAGAAUUAAAGGAAAUAUCAGAUUUGACGCAGAAAACUUCAAACACUUUGCAACAUUUUCACUUCUGCUGUGUCUGUCGUAUAUUCCCGAGGUGAUUUCUUGGUUCAGUUAUGGAUUUUCCGUCUACUAUUUCGCCUCGAUCGUUGCCAUCACCUUGCGAGCGUUUCUUCUUUUUGUCAUUUUCUGCUUCCGAAGAAAAGUUUGGCUUUCUCUUCAAAGGCAGUACCCUUCGCUUGAAAAAAUAUCUUUCCUUCGCUGCUGUAAAAGGAAAAAUUCAAGUGAACAGAUCAUGUUGAAGCUUGUGGAAUUGGAAAAUAAAUCCAGUGUAACAGACUCGACCAAUUUAGAUGAAUCAAAAGACGGUUCAUCAAAUCCAGGAGGGGCGACUUAAAACUUUACUUUAAUAAAAUAAAAUUUGGGAAAUUUUAUUUUUUCUUCCCAUAAAAUUUAUUUUCAGAGAUAAUAUUUGAUCAAAUAAAUUAUAAAAAUUUAAUUUCAAGGUUUGAUGAGAGAAAUAACCUUGCACUCAGAAAACUUUCUAUGGUAAAAUAUGACUUAUUUGUGUAUUUAUAAAAUAUUUGUUUAUAUGAUUUGCGAGUAAAUAAUGGAUACCAUUGUGCGAGUAAAUGAACAAAUAAUUUUGAAGCUUGCGACUG